AUGUUCAUUUAUUUUGCUAACUAUCAGGUGAUUUUGUUUUCGUCGUUCGUAACGUUGAUCUCGUUGUCCAGUAUCUCGUCAAUUCAAGACGGCCAAGUACGAACUCCACCAAUGGGUUGGUUGUCAUGGGAACGAUUCAGAUGCACCACUGACUGUAGUGCUUAUCCGGAUGAUUGCAUUAGUGACAAACUUCUCAGACAAAUGGCUGAUCAUUUGGCGGCUGAUGGUUUUGUAAAGGCGGGCUACAACCAUGUCAUUGUUGAUGAUUGUUGGCUGGCAAAAACCAGGGAUGUGAAAGGAAGACUUCAGCCAGAUGCUGCAAGAUUCCCUCAAGGAAUGAAGCCUCUUGCUGAUUAUAUUCACUCUAAAGGUUUGAAAUUUGGCUUGUACGAAGAUGUCGGGGCAAAGACUUGCGCAGGCUACCCGGGCAGUGAGCAUUACUUUCAACUCGAUGCACAAACAUUUGCUGACUGGACUGUAGAUUAUUUAAAGUUUGAUGGCUGCAACUACCACCCAUCACAAUAUCAAUUUGGUUAUCCAAACAUGAACUUUUUCUUGAAUAUGACGGGCAGGCAGAUCGUUUUGAGUUGCGAAUACGCUCUUUAUGAAAAGUCAUUCCAGAAGCCUAACUACACAGCACAGGCGCAGGUCUGCCAUUUGUCAAGAAAUUUUGACGACAUCGACGACAGUUGGGAUAGUUUGCUGAGUAUCAUCAAAUUCUAUGGAGAGAAUAAUGGUGAUUUUGCAGCAGUUGCAGGCCCCGGCUACUUCAAUGAUCCCGAUAUGUUAAUCAUCGGUAACUUUGGACUGAGUCCAGACCAGGAGAGAGUGCAGAUGGCCGUGUGGUGCAUCCUGGCAGCUCCUCUGAUGAUUUCAAACGAUUUGAGGAAAAUUAGGAAGAGUUCAAAAGAUUUGCUCUUGAAUAAGAUGGCCAUUGCUGUCAAUCAAGACGAGCUAGGAGUCCAAGGAAGAAGAGUUAACAUGAUUGGCAACGUAGAGAUAUGGUCGAAACCGAUUUUACCGGCCGGCAGUUAUGCGUUUGCAUUCGUCAACAGGAACACCGGCGUCCCCACCAAAAUAACCCUCAGCCUCACCCAGUAUACAGAGCAAUUCUGGCUGAAGGAGAACACAAACCAGAAAGUGAAAGAAUUACUUUCCAAUGCACCGGCUGUCGUUGCGUACAAUGUCACAGAAAUUUUUGAGAAUAUAUACGAGGGCGUCUUCAAACCCAGGCAGAGUUUUACUAAAUUCGUUAAUCCAACUGGUGCCUAUUUUGCCAUUGCUACGGCUAUCUACCAGCCUAAGUGAGCUUGCUACUUGUUGUUUCAUUGCGGGGUCCAGUUCUUCUGCCAUCUGUUAAGAGAUUUUAAUGUAGUUAAGAUUUUUAUUAUAUUCAUUGAAAAAUUGCGUUGGUGUUAUCAUAUCAUUAUCGUUAAAGUUGCUCUUUAGCCAAAGCUAAUUGAAUGGCGAGGGAUACCCUUUUAUCGAUGCAUUUGUGAUCGUUUUUAUAUGAUAAUAAUUAUCACAUCUUGUUAUUAGUAACAAUGACAUGAUUUAUAUUUUUGUUUGUAUUUCUUACUUACGUUACUUAAUUACUUACAUAUAUUCUGAGAGUACACUGGCAGUACGAUGGUGUGAUUGAAUUUUGAGGUCGUACUUGCUAUUUAAUGUAACCUUUAUGCUCUUGCUCCUCAGAGACACAGGUUAAACUUUUUUAAAAGUGAUCUGUGCGCUCUUGUUGCAUAUCCUCUUCAGAACCAAUCAUUCGUUGUUAAUUCGUUCACUCGAUUGAUCAUUAUUUGGUAAUUUCAUUCGUUCGUUCAUUCAUUCAGCAAAUCAUUCCUCUGUGAUUACUUCUUAUAAUUUUUUAUUUUAACAUGACUACAUACAUACAAGUACGUAUAUCAAUCUUUUAAAUGCUUUUCAAAACGUAUUUUAACUAUUUAUUUCCACAUUUUUGUAGAAAUAUUGUAAACCUUAUACAAAUUUUUAUCUUAUCAAUUUGUUGUUUGUAAAUUAAAAUUGUAGCAUGGAUGGAAAUAACCUGCUUCUAGUAAG